AUGACAAGGCUCCGCGGAGGUUCCAUCGAUGACCCAAGCACCGCGCGAUCCCCCGGCCACGGGCGAACUCAUAGUUAUCGGUCAAAGCUCCCACAAAAUGCACCGGGGGCUCUGAUCCAGAAUACUAUCGAGGUCUAUGACUUUUCAAGGGUGCUGUUGCGAUAUCACGAUGACCGAAGACGGAAUUUCAACGGCUUGGUGCGCAGAUACAAAGCUCAACUACUUCACGGCUGCAACGAUCCCGGAUGUCAAACCUCUACAUGUGCGAGUCAUCGUCGAAGAGUCAGCGAAGGCCCCUAUCGUCGAUAUACGGAACUCAGCGCGAGGACCCUAGCGUGCUACCUUGCCAGCUUGGAUGACGCGGAGACCGGUCUAUGUCAGAACGUACCGAAGCCUCCGCCACCACUGACUGCGGAAGAUUACCAUCGUAUUUCCCUGCGCCGAACACGUACACUUGAGGCACAGAGGGCAGCGGCUAGCCGGUCGCCAAACCCCGACCAGAAGGAUGACAACCCGGCCCAAGAAGCGUCCAGGCCGGCGAAAGACGAAGUAAUCGCGUGGAAAGCGCAAGGAGAAAGCUCUGCAUCCACGUUCCCUCCCGGUUCCAGCUAUAUUCGAGACCUCGACUAUGCCGCCGAGCAGCAACUCAAAGACCCGAAGUCUUUUACACAAAACCUGUUUGAUACACUGUCGCUACGUAUGGUUGAAUGGCUUCCACUUCGGCGUGCACCUGAUAUACUGGAAUCGAAACUCAAGCCGCCAGCGCCGGAAAUCGGAAAUCAACAUACUGCCGAGAAGCAUAACUGCCCCCAUGACAAAGUGCCAGGUGGACAUCGCAAGGUCUCAGGGCGUUCUACGCUUGCAGCUCAGCCUGGAUCCCAGCCCCGCACUCCUUCAUCGCGAACUUCCGGGUCUCAGACACCUGCAGUCGAGCUCAAGUUCCAGAACCAGCACGUUAAACGACUAUCAGUCCCUGAGGUUGACCAUUGGCGCCAGAGUCCACGAUCAAGCUUUGACGACAAGAGAAAACCGGAAUUCAACAAAAAGCUGCCAAUGGCGUCAGAUGAGUUUCCCAGUAUACCGUCACCCCCAGCCUUAAAGCACCGUCCGCAAAAGCACCGCGGAAGAAUUGGGGAUGUAGACUCGGAUCCACUAAAGGAGAGACGCAAGAACCAACGCCGUGUCUCCUGGGACAGCCAGAAAUUGUUUGAUGAGGUAUCCUCUGUUAAGAGCAGGACAACCACGGAACUUACGCAUCCCCAUCCUCCUCCUAAUUCUCAGGCUUCUAGGGAGCGUAAAACACAGCAAGCUCCCGUUGAAGACUCAUCAAACACGAUUCCUCUAGCUCAAACACUCACCCAUCUCAGCCCCGAUAUCAUUGAGAGUCUAUCGCAAAUCAUGAUUGAAUCGGCAGAAGAUGCAGACAGCUGGAAAGAAGAGCUCGAUCGUAUCCAAUACACGGGCAAUUUUGAACAACCAGAUUGGCGUUUUGCAACGCUGCAUCAGCGUGAAGCAUUCCCCUUCGUUGCGCAGAGCGCAUUUUUCGUACUCAGUAGCCCCCAUCAGAUUCUGCGCUCCUUUAGUAACGAGUCAACCCAACCGAGUGGGGCUACUUUCAGCCGUCUCGAUGUCUCUCGUCUGCGCGUAUCACUGCGGCACUUUUUCACGAUUUGCCCAUGGGACAUUGCGCUACAUGCUGUAUGGGGUGCUCUGGAAAAGGUCUUUAUUCCCCCAGAGGGAUUUACCUCCUCGGGACGACCAUCCCGCCGAUCCUCUCGCAGUUCGACUAUGACAGGACCUGCACCCCCUUCGGCCGUUCCCCAACGAAUGUCUGAGAAUGCCAAUGAAGAUCAUUUGUCCGAUCCGGACGCAGCCUAUAUCGCCACAAUUGCCUUGUUCACUUUGAUUAGCUCUAUGCCCAAUAUUGACUCGGGAACUUGGCGAGCGGUAGUUCGAAUGCGUGCUGCCGGGUCUGUUGCCUCACUCUCAGAUAUGGGCAAGCUGUCUUCGAAGAAUGCCCAGCAAGCCAUCGAGGUCACGGACAGAUUCGAGCACGAAUUAGGUCUCCGUCUUAUCAAUCGACUCGUGCGGGCUAUAACCGCACGACUGGCAUACCAUGAAAUUUCGAAGUCACGGCAAGCAUACAGCUUAGAUCUACCAAAACAACGCAGAGUCAGCGUGCUCGACCGUGUGAUGGAUUAUCUUUGCGAACACUACAUCUCUCAUGCUGCUGGCAGCAAUGAGCUCACCGAGUCUAUCGGCACGGCCUCCUUGAUCGUUGAGUGGCUUCGGACUCUAUUUUUGCGUGAAUGGGACGGCAAUCCCGAGAUGGCUCGUAGCACUCCAGCCGGUGGUGCUAUUCAGAUUUUAGCCUCCAUGUACAAGGAGCGAAACAGGCUAGGCCUUUCACCCGAAGACUUCCAUACACCUCUUCUCACCGAGCGGCUGGACCCUCUGGAUAUGCCUGUGGCAUGGGCCGGAAGCCUCCCCAACAAUCGAACACUGCAUCUGCUGUCCUACUCUUUCCUUUUCCCCCCAUCAUCUCUCGUCAUAUUUUUCCGUGCUCUCAACCACUCCGCGAUGACCAAGGCAUAUGAGGCUGCCAUGACUACUACGAGGCAUGUCACUCAGACUGCCUUUGGCACCAUUCCAAUUGCCGAUGGUCCUCGGCUUCGAACUCAAAUGAAAACAUCCAUGUCCACAUACCUCGUUAUUGUCGUCCGCCGAGACAAUAUUCUUUCUGAUGCCCUGAGCCAACUAUGGCGCCGUGAAAAGCGAGAACUGAUGCGACCAUUGAAAGUACAAAUGGGCAUGGAUGAAGGUGAAGAAGGGCUUGACCAUGGGGGCGUUCAACAAGAGUUCUUCCGUCUCCUCAUGGGUCAGGCAUUUGACCCUUCCUUUGGAAUGUUCACGGUUGAUACCCGGCACCGCGUGUCUUGGUUUCAACCGCGCUCAUUGGAGCCACUCUACAAAUUUGAAUUGAUUGGUCUGUUGAUGUCCAUUGCGAUCUACAACGGGCUAACUCUUCCCGUGAACCUUCCCAUUGCUUUUUACCGCAAGCUGUUGGGGCUGAAAGUGAAGCAUUUAAACCACAUUCGAGACGGAUGGCCAGAGCUUAGCCAAGGUCUCGACACACUAUUGACGUGGACGGAUGGCGAUGUCGGUGAUGUUUUCACACGAACCUACGAGUUCAGCUUCGACGCUUUCGGCUGUGUAGAGAUGGUCGACAUGCAAAAGGUUGGUCGCGAUGACGCGUGGCCUGUUGCUAGCAAGAUCAAUUCCCCGGCUCCUAUCGCAGGUUCUAGUGCCUGGAUGGAUGUUCCAACGUACUCUGACCCUACGGCAACGAGCCAAUCAUCAUCCCUGGCACUCCAGGCUACUGAUGUCGCUCCUACUACCAAGUCUGAGUCCUCCCCGUCCCUGACUUCUCCACCCUCAGCCGAAGAGGCCGCGCUUGUGACCAAUCAAAAUCGAAACCAGUUUGUCAAGGAUUACAUCUUCUGGCUCACAGACAAAUCCAUUCGACCACAGUUCGAGGCUUUCCAAAAGGGGUUCAACACUUGCCUAGACCGAUCGGCUCUGUCCAUUUUCUCGCCGGAAGCCUUGAAAACUGUGGUGGAAGGAAUCCAGUCGAUUGACGUGGAUGAGCUUGAGAGCCACGCCCGCUAUGAGGGUGGAUUUGGUCCUGGCCAUCGUGUGAUUCGUAACUUCUGGGAUAUUGUUCAUGAAUACCCCAAUGAGAAACGGGCCCAGCUACUUGAGUUCGUCACUGCCAGUGACCGAGUUCCUGUCAACGGGAUCUCGACUAUCAUGUUUGUGAUCCAGAAAAAUGGCGUUGGAGAUCUGCGUCUUCCUACUAGCUUGACGUGUUUCGGACGCUUGCUUUUGCCAGAGUACUCCUCAAGGGAAGCUUUGGCAGAGAAGCUUGACAAGGCUCUUGAGAAUGCGCAAGGAUUCGGCGUGGCAUAA